AGAAAAGAAAGACGUAAAAAAAAAAAGAAGAAAAAAAAUAAAAACAAAAUUUGACGUGGAAUCUCUUGCCUGAAACCUAUCGGUUGCGAUUCGGCGUUUUCUUGUUUUCGACGAUCUCCGAUGUCAAUCCCGCCGUCUUCAGCUUCUUCGUCAUCGUCUUCAGCGUCUCAGUUCACGUAUUCAGCAAAUUCUUAUUAUUCCGCGCCCUACCAGCCUCCACAGCCUUACGUCGCGCCGUCGCCUGCUCCAGCGCCGCCGGUGGUUCCCAUUCCCGGAGCCACGGUCUAUCCGCAGCCUGUUGGCCCGGUUCCUGCCGUCUACGCUUACCCUCAGUACCAGCAGGCACAUCAAUUGUUCCAGAGAGAUGCACAGACGAUCACACCAGAAGCCCUUGAGAAUGUGAAAGCUGCUUUGGCAAGUAGCGAAACCGAACAGAAAGCUGAAACUAAAAAGAGAGCCAUUCCUCGUAAAGCUGCUGGACAGUCUUGGGAGGAUCCCACUCUUUCAGAGUGGCCAGAAAAUGACUAUCGCCUGUUCUGUGGUGAUCUUGGAAAUGAAGUGAACGAUGAUGUUCUUUCCAAGGCAUUUGCUCGAUUCCCCACCUUCAAUAUGGCCAAAGUCAUCAGAGAUAAGCGUACUGGUAAAACGAAGGGUUAUGGGUUUGUGAGUUUCUCAAGCCCUGCGGAUCUAGCUGCAGCUCUAAAAGAAAUGAAUGGUAAGUAUGUUGGAAACCGUCCGAUAAAACUAAGUAAGAGCAGCUGGAAAGAGAGAACAGACCAGGAGGCUUUUGAAAGACAAAAGCAUCACAGCAAUAAGAAACAAAAGACAGUCAAGAAGAGCAUACUUCACAAGUGACAAAAUAUGGCACAUGUAAUUCUUGUUUUUUACUCUCUUUGUUUGUUUUAUGAAGAUUGAGUUUAACAUUUUUUGUUCAAGUAAAUGAUAUGUACUCUGUUUUUAUAAAACUACACUUUGCUUCAUUCUUUAUUUUUGUUCAAACACCUCGCUUCAUUCUAAAGAACAUUUUAUUAAA